AUGCCCAAGUCUUUUCUGGUAAAAUGCCGUAACUCAGCACAGCUAGGAACACGGAACUGGAGCGAACUCUCUGACCAGCUCCGGGGGGACUCGUAUGGGAGGGACCCUGGUUGGCUGCAUAACGUGCUCCCCACCUUCCUUCCUUCCUUCCCCUUUCAGGGCAGAAGUCUCCCGACCCAGGCAGACUUCCAGUGCUGUGUUUGCAGCAAACGCUUCCCGCUGCAGCGCAUGCUGAACCGCCAUCGCAAGUGCCACAGUUCCAUCAAGAAGCGCACGUGCCAAUAUUGCAGCAAAGGCUUCAACGACACUUUCGAUCUCAAGAGGCACUUGAGGACACACACAGGCAUCCGUCCGUACCGCUGCUGCCUCUGCGACAAAGGCUUCACCCAGCGCUGCUCCUUGGAGUCCCACCUCAAGAAAAUCCAUAGCAUCCCACAGUCCUAUGGCUACCGGGAGCGCCGCACCAAGCUCUUUGUGUGCGAGGAGUGUGGCUUCACUUGCAGCACCAGCGAUGAGUACUACGGGCACACGCGCCAGGGCCACUCCACCAGCGGCUUCUUGGGGGGAGAAUUCCCGAAGCCUGGGCCAGCAGGUUUUCAGACUCCGUUACCCAUUCUCUACCACUCUGUCUACUGAGAUCACAAAGCAGGCAGGGUUUAAAAAACCUGCAACCCAUGAAAGAGAAGCAGAACCUAGCAACUGGUGAUGGUAUGCAAAGAAGCAGUUUCAUACAACUGUGAAUAGCGUGAAACUCCAAAGGAGAUUUUUCUAGAUAUCCACGCAGCAGAAUAUUCCUUGUUAUUUUGCUCCUGACACCAAUUAAAAUGUUUGGCUGGGCACAUGUUGCAGCCCUUUAUCCAAAAAUUAUCUGCUGCGGUUUUUUGGCUGCUAUUUCCUGUAACUUUUUUUGAAAUUUAGUAUCUCUUAAAUCACUAUUACUGAGAUGUGUUAAUUUCUACUCAUUGGACACUGGUGUCCAUAGGUUAUUUAUUUUUUAUGCUUUCGAGUCAGUUUUUGACCCCUAGCAACUGCCUGGA